CAUACACACACACUAACGUGUUCUCUCUCUCCCUCUCUUUCCCUCCCUCUCUCUCUCUCUUGCUCUCCAACACAAACAAACAUUCUCUCUCUCUAUCUUUCUCUCUCUCCCCACAAGACCUGCUGCGCAACUAGAAGUCUGGUCAAACUCCGUCAAUAAUCGGAUGGCACACUAUGACUGAAUGAGUCUCUCUGUCGCUUUUUUCACUGCAAUCUCUCUAAAGUAACCGUCCCGGGAGCCAGCGCCGCCGCUGCAGCAGGAUGGGCCGGCAGCUGCUGGCCUUCUGCCUGGCGCUCGUCGGGUUCAUGGGCACCAUCCUGAUCUGCGCGCUGCCCAUGUGGAAGGUGACGGCCUUCGUGGGCGCCAACAUCGUCACGGCGCAGGUGUUCUGGGAAGGCCUGUGGAUGAACUGCGUGAUCCAGAGCACGGGCCACCUGCAGUGCAAGGCCUACGACUCGGUGCUGGCGCUGCCCCAGGACCUGCAGGCCUCGCGCGCCCUCGUCUGCGUCUCCAUCGCCGUGGCGCUGGUGGCCAUCACGCUGAGCGUGCUCGGGGCGCGCUGCACCAACUUCUACAGGGACGAGAGGGUCACCAAGGACCAGCUGGGCCUCUCGGCGGGGAUCGUGUUCAUGGUGGCCGGCGCGCUGUGCAUCAUCCCCGUCAGCUGGUCAGCGUACAGCAUCAUCACGGGCUUCUACAACCCCCAGGCCACGCAGGAGAGGCGAGGGGAGCUGGGGGCCUCCAUGUACGUGGGCUGGGUGUCCGGCGUCCUCCUCCUCCUGGGGGGAGGCAUGAUCUGCAGCACCUACUCGCACCGAUGCUGCUGAGCAGCAACUAGUGGCUGAGAUUAAACAAUCAACUGCGAUGAACUGGAACUGGAGUGAACUGGACCUCCAGUGAAAAUGGCUGGAGCAUACUCAUGAGGACAAAAUGUUGCGACUUUUUUUUUUUUUGCCAGAUGUUCUUGACCUCAUCAUCGUUAAAAGAAAUAGGUCAAUGCAGACAGUUUUCUGGGCCACCGCAGACAACCUGACCUGAGAUGACAAUGAUAUGAUGUUUACCAGACUGUGGAUCUCACAGACAGGCCAGAUGCUCAUCACAUGCUCCUGUUCAUAAGGAUGAGUUUAUAAAAAUGCUGAGUUAACAGCAGUAGGCUGAUCUACGAGACCUAGUAAUAAGCUGCCAUAGGACAUAGGCAGUAUAAUCAAGAGUAAGGCUAUCUAUUAGUAAAUGUUUACAAAAUAUUUUGUACAUUCACAUUUUUACCUUUGUAUUGAAAUAUAACUAUAAUUCUGCUGAGGUGCCAUGUAAAUAUUUUAGCUGAUUCUACUCUUCAGUCAUUCAGAUUAUUAGGUGCCAUCUGGUUAUGCAUUGUGAUAGGAAAUGUCUAAUAACAUUAGUUCUCACCAUGACCUGGUGUAACAGUUUGUGUUGCUAGUAAGACAUCUUACAGUAUGUGAUCUGCCAUUACAAUGACAGUAUUACAGUAAUUUCCUGUGUAUUUUCCGCACUGUGUAUAAGCCGCAGUGUCUUAUACUGAAAGAAACAAAAUCAUAUUAACCUCAUAGCUGAGAAAAUUUUCCAAAAUCAAUGUAUAAGCCGCGGCUAAUAGUUGGGAAAUUACAGUACUGUACGUCACAAUCUGACAUGGAAAAUAAAAGUAAAUCAUUAAUUGUUACAUAUUCAUGACCUGAUUAUGUUACUCUUACAAGAGUUGCUCUGAUUGGCUUAUCUUGCCUACCUGUUGCCAAGAUACACAGUGUAGGCUAAUCAUCCGAUAUUUAUAUGAGGAGGUAUAAUUCUGGUAGUCUUAGCAUUUUUGCCUCUGGGUGCCUCAAUCUAAUGACGCAGUUUCUCCCUUUUUCCUCUUUCUUUCUUCAACAAUAAA